AUGUGGACAUAAAUUUGAAACCGUGAAAAAAAAUGAUGUUUUAAAAAUAGAAUCCUAAAAGGAAAUAUUAAUUAAACCAUCACUCAUGUGAAAAUAGGGAAAAUCCCUAAAGAGAAAAAAAAAAACCAAACAAACCGAGUUUGGAACAGAAGAGAUGGAGAAUCUCAAAUGAAGCACAACCUCAACAGCCAACACCAUGUGUGGAAGCUACUACGGAAACUCUUAUGGAGGCUGCGGCUAUGGAGGCUGUGGCUAUGGAGGCUGUGGCUAUGGAGGCUGUGGCUAUGGAGGCUGCGGCUAUGGAGGCUGUGGCUACGGAGGCUGUGGCUAUGGAGGCUGCGGCUAUGGAGGCUGCGGCCAUGGAGGCGGCUCCUGCUAUGGCUGUGGCUAUGGAUAUCGCUCCCACUCUCUCCAUGGCUGUGGCUCUGGCUGCGGCUACUAGUAAUGAGGGCACCAUGGGGGACUCUCACCCUCUACACCUGGACGUGGGAUUCACCAAUUCUGAGCCCCACACGUUCUGAGCCUUUCUCUUGGGUGACGAUAUCCUGCAGGAUGAAAGUCUAGUAGGUCUGUUGCUGCCUACAGCCUAACCUACGGAUUCCCUGGAUUUACCUGGUGGAGUGGAAGAUGGUGAAAUUCACCUGUGACCCCACAGUUCCGCCUUCAUCAAGAUGAUGGUGUCACAGCGACUGCCUUGAUGAUGUCCAUGCUGGAGUUCGUUUCUGUGUUGACCUAAUAAACUUGUUCAAUCCAAAUGGCA